UAAAAGCACAUUCCUUGUCAAUUUUAAGGUAGGGAUUUUAAAACUUGAUUGUGUUUUGAAAAGCAGAGGAAGCGAUGUUGCCACGGUUGUCUAACUUGACGACGCUGACUGUCUCGUCUCGGCUAACUUAUUUAAACUUGCACAAUGGAUGAAGAAAGUAUCGUAAUACAGCUAAUAAGUGUAGUUACACAGUAGCAAACAUGAUGUCUAGUCAGGUAACGAACAAGAAUGGAGGUUGUUAUCGGCGGAUUAGCUCCGUAGCUAGCGUAGUUAGCUCGUCGCUAACUAGCACCGGGGUGGUCCCACGGCGGUCUCGCUUACCUCUCGGCAGCGGUGGACGGACAGCUGCCGCCGGCUGGCUGGCUGGACGUAGACCACUGCAGGUGGGAGAAGCCGUCAACAAAAAAAAGUAUCUCUCCUUCCCAAAUUUCCCGAUCUCUUUUUUUUUUUCCCUUUACAGCCGGGCAAGGAGCACCCACCGCUGGGUCAUGUUGUCUUUGGGCUAUGCAGCAAUACUGUAUGCAAAUACAGUACAAGGAGUCUCGAUUUAUGACCCCCUCCUUCACCCGACACCACCGCCGUCAAGGGUGUGUUGCGCCAACCUGGAGGAGCCCCCGGCUCUGAUGAAGAUGGGCCUCAGCAUGGUGCUAGUGGGCCACGUCAACUUCCUAUUGGGAGCGCUGGUACACGGUGUGGUACUCCGCCACAUCAACCUCCACAAGCAAGCUCGUGCCAUGGAGUAUGCCAUCUCCAAUGUGGUGGCUCUUGCAUCUGGAUUAGUGGGGAUUGUCAUAGGAAUUCUUGCUAUUGUCCUGUCCAAAAACAAGAAAAGCAGAGCCCUGACAUGGUCCCUCUUCAGCAGCAGCUUAAUAUCGUCUCUCAUGGCGUCGGCGUCCGCCAUCGGCCUCCUGGUGUCCGUGGUGAGGGCAAUCAUCCACGGCGGGCGGAGCCUGCUGACGCACUGCCGCUUCCCAGACGCCGUCGACUACUCCAGCGUCACCAACGAGUGUCCUUUUGACCCCACGCGCAUCUACAGCACCACUCUGAUCCUUUGGGUGCCUCUCAUCGUGACUUGCGUGGUCCAGCUGAUCUUUUCCGCCCGCUGCCUUUCCGUGUGCGUCUCCUUUCUGGGUUUGCCCUGCUGCCCGCACACGAAACGGUCGAGAGAGGCGCGAGCGGCGAUCAAAUCCACGAGGCCGCUGGAGGAACUGGCUCAAGAACGUGUCAACAAAGCAAAGCAGCCCAAAGAAUGUCCACCUUCGCUUCCUCCCAAAUGCUACACUGAAGCCCCCAGGAGCUACAGUGAACCCAGAAGAUUGGUGUCCCAACCGGUUCGCCACCAGCCUCCCCCGUACUACAGAAGCGUCCCCCCUGCAGAGAGGCGGCCUCUUCACCAGCAGCCUCGAUGGGAAAGGGGGGAAAGGUCACGCAGCACAGAGCAAGGGAGCCAGCAGCGACCUCCAGAACAGCGCCACCUACUCGAGAGAGGUGCCCUGGAACGAUCUAGUUUCUGGAUUUAGCCAAAAAGUGGACCUUCACACUUCAACCUGCACGAAUCGACCACUUUAUUAGGCACACCUGCACAAUCUAAUCAAAUCUGAACAUUUAUAUCAACAUUUUUCCCAUAUACUUUUCACGUGCAGUUGUCCCCAAUGUCGUGGUCCAAAUGUGUGUCAGUAUUAGGAUAAUAAUAAUUUGAGUCGUCAUUCCUUUCAGCAAUUAAAUGAGAAAAUAUAUUUUUUAACUGUCUGGAGUUUAACUUUCACUUUUGUGCCUGAAGUGUUGUACCUCGUGAGGGUGGGACUUCAGCACCAUUGUGUGGAGCUAUUUUAUUUAUUUCCUUUUCAAAAUAAACAUUUGAGCUAUAAA